CAACACUACUGUUGACAGCGAUGUCGGGAACUAUCCUCGAGAACCUCUCCAACAAGAAGUUGUCGAUUCCAUAUAUCCUCGAGAACCUCUCCAACAAGAAGUUGUCGAUUGUAUUGUCCAUUAUUCUUGUCAUUCAGUUAAUCUCAUUCUUCAUCGGAGCCUUCAUUGCCAUACUCACGAGUGUGUCUGUCAUGUCAUGUGCAGCGCCGUCGCCCUCGAGUACAGAGCAGGUGUUGGCCAUUAAAUGUGUGGCCGAAAACCCCAACCAAUUAUCGAUACCACGAGCGGUGGUCAACACCAAUCAGAUUCAGCCACAGAACUGUCGAGACAUCAAUGAAGACUCCAAGACUCAUAGUGACAUAACAUUUGCCUUUCAAUUACCGCUUCCACGACAAGGCAUUCAAUUGGAUUACAGCCGAUGGCAACAAAAUCUGUUGACACUUCUCAUACCGGAAGUGCUGUACGACACUCGGAUGGACACACACACCAACAUCAAUGUUGACCAUCACAUCAAUUCUACGGUUCAAAUGCGGAUCCGAUUAGCCGUUCGUAAUAUAGGAGACAAAGACUGGAAAUCUUACGCUCAUAAAGACAGUCUCAAGAGAACCAUCUCUUGUAAAAUCGAAGCCAAUAAGCGAAGACAUGGCUAUAAAUAUGACUGCGAUUUAAUACAACUCUUUGAAUUGCAAUCUCUUUAUUAUGACUAUUACUUAAUUAACUUACAAUUUAAGUCAAAUGAUUCACUGGAUUUUGGUUUUAUGAGUGACUUAUUGUUAGUGGAGAUCCACCAAAACGGAGGCUUUACUAAGAUAUGGCUUACAAUGAAGACUGUGUUUACAUUCAUGAUAUUACUUACGCUCAUUUGGUUUUCAAAACGAUUACAACAACUCCACAGAGAGACAACUCUUCUGGAGAAGACUCUGAUAGUAUUGGGCACUGCUAUCACUCAACUGAAUAUUCCUCUUGAAUUGUUAAGUCUAUGGUUUGACAUCGAGUUUAUGUCGUUUCUCUGUGACCUAAGACAAGGUAUCUUUCACUGCGCUCUCCUCUCCUUCUGGAUUAUCUUCAUUGGCGAACACCUUCUCGACGGCAUUCAUAGAUCGCGUCUGUCUUCUGACUUAUUGUUAGUGGAGAUCCACCAAAACGGAGGCUUUACUAAGAUAUGGCUUACAAUGAAGACUGUGUUUACAUUCAUGAUAUUACUUACGCUGAUUUGGUUUUCAAAACGAUUACAACAACUCCACAGAGAGACCACUCUUCUGGAGAAGACUCUGAUAGUAUUGGGCACUGCUAUCACUCAACUGAAUAUUCCUCUUGAAUUGUUAAGUCUAUGGUUUGACAUCGAGUUUAUGUCAUUUCUCUGUGACCUAAGACAAGGCAUCUUUCACUGCGCUCUCCUCUCUUUCUGGAUUAUCUUCAUUGGCGAACACCUUCUCGACGGCAUUCAUAGAUCGCGUCUGUCUUCGUAUUACAAGCAAUUGAGUGUUGUUUUGGUCGCUUAUAUCGCGCUUUUCAUAUUUGAUUUGAGCGAAAGAGGCAUUCAAUGGUUUGAUCCCUUCUUCACUAUAUGGGAAGUGGAUUCCAGAUUUGCUCUUAUAUUCAUCAUAACAGCCAUA